CGUCUUGAUUGUUGUUUGGCUGCUUCGUCAUGAUUGGCCUUAUGAGGCCUUCAAAGAACACCGCUGGGGGGGAAGGCAAGAGGAACUGUCUCGCGCCCCUUCACAUAAAGACAACUCACCCAGUUCUUGUCUGUGAGAUCGAGAAGACAUCUGGAGUAUACCUGUUUGUCUUUCAUCUAAGGAGAUCCCCUAUUUAUCUGUAUUCGUCCAGACUGUAUUCGUCUCGGCUACCCUGCCUGCCAUGGCCACUACUCCUAGUGCUGCUGAGCCAACCCGGCAACAGUUGAAUAAGAUUUUCCUUAACCAUCCCCCGCCUGGCACGGUACGACCUCCGAAGUUCCCGCCCCGUCCUGAUCAGGUCGAGCCCGUGGAAUGGGGUCCAUUUGUCACGCCCCAGGACGCGAGGCUUGCCUGGCGUGUGUGGUGGCUUCCCAACCAUCAAUUGGACUGGAAUGAACCGGGAGCAGGACCUGAACCCGAUGACAAUGACACUGUCGAUGCCUCCAUGAGAGAUACGCGGGAGUUAGCCCAUCACGUUUAUGAGCAUAUCAAGAAUGAGUAUAUCACGCCCGUGGACGAGGAGAAGUUGGCCGAAUGGGCGGAACAACAGACUGCCAACUGGACCCGACAGGACAUUUAUGCCGAGUUCAUCUCCGACGAGACUGUCGCUACAGAGGACGAUUUUGAAUACAGUCAACAAGUAGUCUCUGGGCCGAUCCGCGUCAAUGGCUAUAACAUCCUCACGCACCAAUAUUGGAAAAAGGCGAGGCUCGACCAAGAGCUGCAGAACAGAAACCUGGAGAUUACCGGCACGGUAAAAGAAAAACGCAAGAGAAUUCACGACGACGAAGUCAGAAAGAUCAGGGAGAGUGGAAAGGUUCGAGUCACCAAACUUUUACCGCGAAGCGAUCUCUCGCAAUGGAAUAUUAAACGUGAGCGCGAGAAGUCAUAUGGCAUCUACAAGCGUCCCGAGGAGAAACUCGCACCCUUGGACAUGUACACCUGGGCCAUCAGUUUGAGCCCAUAUAACCCUACCCUUUGGGUCAGCCGAGCGUACUGCCACUAUAUGCUCGGCCACUGCGAUCUCGCCCUCGGGGAUGCGUAUCGAGCUCAACUUCUCUGCGAUAUCCUGGUGGAUCCGCUCGAGCGAAACCGCAUGUCGGGGUUAUAUCCUCGGAUUUGGCACGCCAUCGAGCAGCACAUUCUGGCUGCGCCGUGGGAGUUAGACGACGACAAGAACCCCGGUCAGCAGGUAUCGGAAGACUACAUCGACAAGCCCACCCGCAUCAAACGUUCGAUUGAGAGGUUGCGCAGCUCAAAUGGGGUCAACUACUUUGUGCCGACACUGAGAAGGGCUCUCCAUCACAUCAUCAGUCUCAGCUUGUUGACACUGCAAUGUUGGGAUGAUUUCAUGGCCAUGGAGGAUCACCUUUCCCAACGCUUGAUCAUGCGUUUUGAAGAUCAGCGGUUGUUCGAUAUCAGAAAGAAGCUGUUGGAGCCAGUGGUCGAUGACUUCAAGAACCAUCCCGAACCUAGGCUCUACUUUUUUGAAUCCCGGUGUGGGAGUGUGCGAUAUAAUCCGUACCCCUAUGGUACCGAUGAUGUCGAUCGCUUAGACGCGGACUUUCUUCAGACGAUGGACUUCAACCUCUUUCACAAUCCGUUGCUUCCUGGGAGAAGUCGUUGCAAGUUACAGAAAUCCGGCGAGCACCAGAACGACGUGGGAGUAUUCGCCACCAGGGACAUCAAGCAAGGCGAGCUCGUCUAUGCCGAGGAGCCAUCGAUCAGAGGACAUCUCAAUCCUACCAUCCCGUCGAAGAAUGACUCCCUUACGCUCAAGAACAGAAGGUGUGACAACUGUCGGAAAGAACUUCAAAACCACGACUGGCGUGUUAUCCCGUAUGAUGGGUCAGGGACUCGAAACCAAGCGUUGAAAAAUAAGCGGAUUGCCUUCCGCUCGAUCGCCAAAGGGGAGCAUGCCGAUAUCUGCAAAUGCUAUUUGGACGACAACCACGAGCUCCUAGGCUUCUGUGCCGGCAAGACCGCGGGCCAGGACAAGACCUGUCUCGAGAUCGCACGCGAGUUGUACCACUUCCGAGUGUGCGGCAAGGACUGGAAAUGGUUACACAAUUCGAUGCGGCCGGUCUCCAAGGCCGAUAAUGCGAAUGACGAUGGCCAGAAGUACCAUUUCUCUCACACAAACGAAGCCCAUGGCACCGUGCUUAGCCUUCUACUACGCGAGGCCAUCGACAUCACGCUGAAGAGACGGGAAGAGACCGGGAACCCCAACCUCCUUGCUUACGAAAUCGAUGAGCUUCUCGUGAUGAAGAUCGCAGAAGAAGGGGAGGAAGAUCAAGUUCGCUUCCCCUUCACACUGGCCGCAAAUAUCAGAGUCCCAUGCGACAUUCUCCUGCAGCUGGGCGUGGACAUCUUCCGCGAUCUGAGCUUCGACACAUGGGUCAUCCAAAUGGUGCUGAGGAAGCUGUUGGUCGGAGCCGUGCCGUGGGACGAGCCUCGCCGCGGCACGAGCAACGACUUCCACGACGCUGUCAAGAAAAUCCCAGACCCGUGCAAAAGUCAAGUCGCCCGACAGAUACCCGCGGGUGUCACAGAUACCGAGCCCACCUUCCAGGCGCUGUAUAUCUUCCCGGGCUUCUACAUGUUCAACCACGCAUGCACCAACACGGCCAACGCCAACUGGAUGUUCAACGACGUAGUCCCCAACCGUAUCAUCGUCUACGCCAACAAGGACAUCUCCAAGGGCGAGGAGAUCAGGAUCUCCUACCGGGCCCGGCCCCUGUCGCGGAUCAACGCACGCAGACUCCUAGGAACCGACUGUCGGUGCGACGAGUGCCAGGAUAAGGGGGUUAAUCUCCCUCGUGCGUCGCCAGAGGCUCCAAAGCAUGAAACUGACAAGCAAAACAAUUCGGGAGGGAACACGAGCCAACCGGCAAAUGCUAGCCCGCAAGACAACAGCGGCUCAGGCACAGGCUCCGGCUCUGGAACAGGCGUCAGGACAGGCUCCAGGACAGGCUCUGGAACAGGCUCUGGAACAGGCUCUGGAACAGGCUCUGGAACAGGCUCUGGAUCAAAGUCAAACUCGGGCUCCGGGAGUAAUCAACAGCAAAGCGGCGACAGAUCAUCCAGCCAAAAACGCAAGACAUCCGGCGAGUCAAGUAAUACCAAGCGCAGACGGUUAGCCAACGCGGCGUUGGCGGCGAUAGAUGAUGAAUGAGUGUUUUUUUUUCGCCUUGUUACCUUGUAGGUCGUUUAUAGAACUGUUAGCUUGGCUUGCUGUCAAUAUUAUGUCAUUAGUUAUAGUUGCUCUGUGUACUCAGUACCUAAUUAUAAGUUGUUUAUUUCCCUGGAGACUUGGUAAUCUAUCCCAAGAGCAAGAUAUUCUCAU